ACAAAUACAAAAUCUUCUCUUCCCCUUAAAAAAGCUUCUUACGUUUCUAUCUCUCUCUCUCUCUUUAAUUGCUGCUGCUAUGAUGCAAGAAUUAGGCUUAGAACGUUUCUCAAACGACGUCGUUCGCUUAGACCUCACUCCUCCUUCCCAAAGCUCAUCAACUUCUCUCUCCAUCGACGAAGAGGAAUCACCGGAGGCCAAGAUCCGACGGCUUAUAUCGGAGCAUCCGGUGAUCAUCUUCAGCAGAUCUUCUUGUUGCAUGUGCCACGUCAUGAAAAGGCUCCUCGCAACAAUCGGAGUCAUCCCCACUGUCAUCGAGCUCGAUGAUCACGAGGUUUCCUCUCUCCCCACGGCUCUCGAAGAAGAAUAUUCCGGCGGCGGCUCAGUCGUUGCUCCUCCUCCGGCGGUUUUCAUUGGCCGUGAGUGCGUUGGAGGUCUCGAGUCCCUCGUCGCGCUCCAUCUAAGUGGUCACCUUGUCCCUAAGCUUGUCCAAGUUGGAGCUCUCUGGGUAUGAUUUGUUGUUUCAUCUACUUCUUGCUUAGUCUUUUGCAAAAUAUAUCAAAAGCAAUAACUUAGGGUUUCUCUUUUCUGAUUAUCAUCAUCCGAUGAUCAAAAUUAAAUACCCAUGUAGAAAAUGAAUUAUGAAUAAUAAAAUCAAAGAUGUGUAAGUAGUAAAUUUAUAUGAUUUGCUUCAUCAUUUUUCUCUCU